AUGCUAUCGCGCAGUGCAUCCCGAACUCUCCCUCGCUCGAGACAGCGUCUCUCCAACGCGGGCGUCACGAAACCCGCUGCCACCCGAACACCAUCUUCACUCCAUGUCGCCACCACCUCGCCCGUCAGAGCAUUCUCGCUGCUGCCUCGCUGGCCUCCAGCCGGCGAGUUCUCCUCUCUCUUCCGGCUGCUGGACGAAUACACCGACCACAUCUCCCGCCGUCUCGGUCCGGACUUCUACAGCGGUGGCGGCCUGCGGACGAUUGCGCCGCGAUUCGACAUGCGCGAGAGCAACGACGCCUACUAUCUAGACGGCGAGCUGCCGGGCAUUGACCAGAAGGACAUCACAAUCGAGUUCACCGACCCCAAGACGCUGGUCGUGCGGGGCCGCACGGAACGCAACUACGAGACGGGCGAGGCCGGAGCCGGGGCCGGUGGCGAGCAACAACAACAACAACAAACCAAAGCAGUGGAAAAGACCGCCGAGGAGCAGCAGCAGGACCACCGAUACUGGGUGUCGGAGCGGUCGAUUGGCGAGUUCAGCCGCACGUUCACAUUCCCGGCAGCCGUCGACCAGGACAAUGUCAAGGCUAGCCUGAAGAACGGCAUCUUGUCCAUCACGGUGCCCAAGACGGCGACAGCGCAGACGAAGCGGAUUACGAUUGAGUAA